AUGGUCCACGUAUCUGGGUUUGACAUGGUUCCUCGCCUCUCAGGGUAUGAGGACCAAGAGUUAUGGGAAGAAUUCAUCGAGCACGUCCAGACCGUCUACAAAGAUGAGAGUACAUUCAAGAUCGAUGCCUACUACAUGGUAUUUGAAGAAGGGAAACAACUCCUCCUUCCUUUCGAAGGCCACAAGUUUCUGCGCUUCAGUUCUAUACCGGAUAACGAUUCCAGCGUAGAAGACUACAUCCGCUUAGUCACGGAUAUUGCCUCCUAUUAUUUCGGUUCUCGUGUUCGGUCAUGGCAAAGUACACGUGGUGAAUCCGGUUACUAUUCUGAGGAGGAAGUCAAUGACUCCUAUAGGCUCUACGAGCAGUCGGAUCCACCUAACAUUGAUUUCGAAGUUGGAGUUAUCCCUGGAAAGGGUAGAGGCCUUAUCGCCAGAGUUGAUAUUCCUGCUGGAGCCCUUAUCCUUUGCGAAAAGCCACUUCUCGUGGCUAGCACUAUGGCCUCAGGCAAUUUGGAGGCCACUGCGGCGCCGAGGCUGGAGGACCUGUCCAAGUCACAGCAACAGGAGUUUCUGUCUCUUCACAACAACUUUCCAGGCGAAGACCCUCUCAGUGGGAUCAUCAGUACAAAUGUACUUCCAUGUGGACCAGGCUCGAUUGUGGGCGGUGUCUAUCCCACGAUAUCCUUAAUCAACCACAGUUGUCUGCCGAACUCACACAACAACUGGAACAAUGAGAUAGGCGGCUACGAGACCAUCCAUGCUAUUGGGCCCAUUAAGGCAGGAGAGGAGAUUACCAUCUCUUAUGACGAAGGAGGCCCAUCUAAUGUGCGAAAACACAAGCUCAACAUGUCUUUUGGUUUCGACUGCGCAUGCUCUCUAUGCUCUAUGCCUCCAUCGGAACUCCAGGCUAGCGAUGAUCGUCGAGUGAAAAUUCAGCAGCUUUAUGCUAGCAUUGGAAACGCCUCUACUAUGAGAAAUAAUCCAGAGUCCAGCCUCAAAGACUGCUUGUCACUACUUCAUACUCUCCAGGAGGAAUACGGUGUCUGUGCCACGCCGUACAUGGCGCGGCUCUACUACAACGCCUUUAAGAUUUGCAUUUCGCAUGGAGAUGUCGACCGGGCUAUUACAUUCGCUGAUAGAUCUUAUCGAGCCACCUUUAUUUGUGAGGGAGAAUACAGUCCAGAGACGUCGAAAAUGAAGUCGUUUGUCUUGGAGCCUGAAAAACAUGAUAGUUUCGGUGCUUUUUCCAUGAGAUGGAAGACUGGCGAAGAAAAAGCUCCCAAUGGUAAUGGCACGGUGGAGUUUGAGAAGUGGCUAUUUAGACAGGAUUCUUGA